CCCUCCUCGCUCGCAUUCCUCAUCUCUUACCACCCCAGUCUACGAUUUCACUCCAUUUUCUAUCAAUCGGAUAUUGCUCGCUGCUUGACUCCACUUCACUAGAGGGAAGUUUGAGUCAGCGUCUGUGAGUUGGUAUCCAUGGCCAAACAUGCAGCGGCGGUUUUGGUUCUCUUCUCCCUGGUCAGUGUGUGGCCAGUGACCUUAGCGGGCGACUCGGCAGCACUCUGGAGUUCCGUGUUGCCUAAUGUUAUCCUCCCAGAUGCUCUUCGCCAGUCUAUAUCCCCUGUUGAGGAUUCUCCAAUUGCCACCCGAUUCGCCAAUGCGGUUUCCCGUGGAGCCUUGUUCCCCGAAGUGAGCGCAUCAUUCUGCGAUGCUGCAUGUCUAGUCUGUGACAACAAUGUCCAAGUUUCGUCCUACGGCAUUGAAAACGUCGAAGAGGCCCCCAGAUCCCUCUCAAUCAAGACUAUCAAUGAUUUUCAGUUUGAUUUCUUCCUGGAGGAAAAUCUCGUCGCUGGAGGCGAAAUGCAACUGUCCGAAAAUCUCCACGACCCUAUUCCCAACCGCCCCUUCCUUCCCCACGUCGUUGCUCAGAGUUUACCUCCUCUUGCUGCAGCCAACUUGCCGAAACUAAGGCAGACUUUCAACAUUGCUGACAUGACCACGAUGGCCACCAUGAUGGGAACUGCGGCGUAUCUGUGCGAAAACCCGGCACUUCCCGGAGAAGCUAAGGACUGCCCCAUCUCUCUGGCAGCAAUGGGGCAGUUCGUACUAUCACAGCUGGGUUCUGAAGUGGAGAGUCUCUACACCACUGGCGCCCCAAAUAAAGCUCCAACCGAAAAGUCUCCUGUGAAGAUCGAAGCAGUGACAAAGCGCAGCUUGGCAGAGGGUGAACAUAUCAUCAUUUGCCACACCAUAAUGUUCCCCUCGGCAUUGUAUUACUGCCAUCACGUCACCGGUACGAAGGUGGUCGAAGCCUCGCUGCGCGCUCAGGACAAUAGCAUCAUCAACGCCGUGGGCAUUUGCCAUCUCGACACCAGUUUGUGGGCAUCGGAGCACCCGGCGUUCACUGCGCUGAGGAUCCAUCGUGGAGCUGAGGCGUGCCACUGGAUUACUCAGAACGACGUUGUGUGGGUGUCGACCUCAACUCAGUGAUCAAUACCACCAUCUAUUAUUUGCGGGAGCACAACCAGUCCCUUAAACCAACGCACAUGGUCGCUUUCGAUCAAGGACUCAUUGCACAUGGUGGCGCAGUUCACGACUAUGCAGAAUCUGGUUUGGAUCGGCGGUACGAAAAACAUCACACAUCUUCAAUCAGUUUUGCUGAACAUGGAGAUGUGAGUAGCUUCCUCUUUUCAGACCGCUAUCCGCCUCAUUAUCAUGUUCAUAGAUCGACUCCGACUAAAUUUUGUUAUCGAUCGGUAGGGCCACACAAUUUGGCUGUGCAGCUAAGUGAACUGUGCCAGCUCAAGAGCAUCAGGCGUCGGCCUGACUGGUAUAUUAGCGAGUCGCCGCCCACACUUUGCAGGUGCUAGAUUUUUGGUGUGGAGGAAGCCUCUGGACGAAACUUUUUUUUAUUUUUUUUAAUUUUUUUUAUGAGAUAGUCAAAACUACGGAGGUGACUAGCAAUAUUUUGUGUAUUGUUCACAUUUCUGGCUCCGUAGUUUUGGAGGGUUGUUAUACUGUGAUAAUGAAGAUACAUGUGGUUCUGUUGAA